AUGAGAAAUUCACUCCUGAAUAGAAGUAUAGGAACGUCCCCGAGAAACAGGGCGGGGAUGUCGGGACUGUCAUUCAGAGACAUUCUUCCCUUCGGACAACCCGUGAUUGUCCACCUACCCAACCCAAAAUCGAAACUACAAGCUCGAGGAGUCCUAGGCUAUGCUCUCCAUCCAUCCACUAGAUCAUACGGGUACAUCAUAGUCGUAGGAAAGAAGAAGAAAAUACCUAUCGACACUCGAAACUAUCGGGUCCUGAACUACCCACCAGGUGCAACUAUCUCAGAAGAUGAGGUGCAGUACAUGAUCGACCGUAUGGAAAAUAACGACGCAGAAUCUCAAGACGAUAUAGAGUCGAACUUUGAACCAAAUUAUACGGAUAUGGAGCAACCCAUUCACCACACAGCGGACUAUUUCCCGAACACAACCGCCCCAAACAUCGAGACAGACCAAUACAAUAAUGAUAGCUUUGGUCUGCAUUACGGGGGUGAUUCCGUACCACCUGAGUCGUCCAGUAGCGAGGACGAACUGUUCCCCACAGACGAAUCAGAAAACGAUUCAGACUCAUCGGACCAAUCAUUCAAUGAUGAUGGAGACCCCAUGUCCCCUCCAUAUUCCGGGGGUGAGGAACAGAUAGUACCAACACCAGCCCCGAUUAGACGCGUUCCACCAAUGGAACCACCAUCUCCUGUCGAGGACUCUCCCCCACCUUUAUCUGGGACAGACCUCGACGACUUAUUUGGAGAAUCUAACAUAAAUAAUUACAUCCCAGAAGAUACAGAUCUACUGGCACUAAACCAUGAAUCUGUUCCGGAACCCGAUACCGCGGUACCAGAAACAACGAACAUUGAACAAGAUAAUGUUCUACCAUUAGAAACUAACGAAAACUCUAACCCUCCAAAUGAUAACUCGGACCAGUCAGGCGAAGGGUCAGGCGAAGAGUCAGGCGAAGAGUCAGGCGAAGAGUCAGGCGAAGAGUCAGGCGAAGAGUCAUGCGAUGAGUCCGGCGAUGAGUCAGUCGACAACAGACUCAAGUCCAUACCUAUUUUCAAUGGAAACAAGCACAAAGACGCAAGAACUGCUGAAGCAGAUUUGGAUUCUUUGUACGGGGGUGGAGAUAAUACAGAAAAUAACAAUGGACCAACUUUAGAAGAGGUGUUCAGAUCGAUCGAAGAAGAUCCAUUCAUGUUAACACAGAAAAGACCGAGAUCACGUGCCCGCUAUCGUGAAUCUAACCAAGAUAGUUGCGAUUCCGGGGGUGACUACGAGUCAGACUCAGAUUCAGACGGAUCAUCUGACGAGUCACCUCAGAAAGGAAGAAAAAUACAACGUGUGAACUAUGUUAACGCGGUCCUAAAACCAGUGAAUGUAAUUCCACUCAAUAUGUCCCUAAACUACUCGCAGGCAAUAUCUCGGAACAGAAACGAAGAAGAGAAGGAUGCUUUCCAAAAGGCAUACCAGAAGGAAAUAGCACAGCUAACCAAAAUGAACACUUGGAACGAAGAAUUAAUAGAUGCCUCAACUCUCCCUAAGAAGAAGAUCCUAAACUCAAUGUUCAUUUUCACCACUAAAAGAGAUAAUUCCAAAAAGUGCAGACUAGUCGCUAGAGGAGACCAACAAGCCGCAGAUACGUAUGACACGGAAUUAAAGGCAAAUACAGUGGACAACCUAGCUCUCAUGACAGUCUUAGCACUGACACUAGACUACAACCUGACCGCAUUCCAACUUGACAUCUCAUCAGCUUACCUCUACGCUGACCUUAAGGAAGAAUUGUACAUUAGAGCACCACCACACAUGAAUGCCAAGAACAAGGUACUAAGACUAAAUAAAUCACUCUAUGGGCUAAAACAGAGUGGAGCAAAUUGGUACGAACUAAUCAGAUCGUUCCUAAUUAAGAAAUGUGACCUGUUUGAAGAUAGAAUGUGGAAGUGCGUUUUUAGAGACAAAGAACCGCUGAAACUUAUCAUAUGUCUUUUUGUCGAUGACAUGCUGGUUGUAGGAAACGACGUCAAAUAUAUCAAGAAAUUCAUAUCAAAGCUAUCUAAGAGAUUUGAUACAAAGAUUGUAAAUGAUGGUUCACACAGGCCAGAAGAUGGAGUAAACGAGUAUGACAUUUUGGGCAUAGAAUUAGAGUAUAAGAAAAAAGAAUACAUGAAGUUCGGAAUGCAGAAGUCUCUAGAGGACAAGCUGCCACAACUGGGAAUACCCCUACUCCCAAACACUAAAAUCAGGAAGGUUCCGGGGGUGCCUGGAGACUACAUUUUCUCAGGAAAGGAACUGACAUUAAACGAAAGAGAAUACAAAAGCAAAGUUAAACACCUGCAAAAAAUAGUGGGACUAGCGUCCUACGUAGGACAUAAGUUCCGGUUUGACAUCUUGUACUACGUGAACAUCUUAGCACAACAUCAACUGUACCCCAGCGCCAAGGUCCUAGACAGGGCUGCACAAUUAUGCCAAUACUUGUGGGAUACAAGAGAUAAGAAACUAGUUUGGCAUUAUUCUGGUCCCAAGGAAAACAAUGUUACGGCUGUAUCAGAUGCAGCAUUUGCAGGGAACCAAGAUUUCAAAUCACAAUCAGGAACUCUUUUCCUGAGAAACAACAAGCCCAUAGCAGCAAAAUCAAGAAAAAUCAAGUUGACUUGUAUCUCGUCCACAGAAGCCGAGAUAUACGCAAUCAGUCAAAGCCUGCCAAUACUACGUGGUUUAGAACACCUAGUGAACAAGUUACAAGACACAAAAGUAACAGUGAAAGUUAAAACAGACAGUCAACCAUCAAUGGCAAUAAUAAACGGCACGGAUGACUCAGCAUGCCUCAAGAAACACAUUGGUAGUAGGGCAAUGAGGAUAAGAGAUGAGUGCGAUGAUCUCGGACUUACACUCGAAUACAUCCCCACAAAAGAAAACAAUGCUGACAUUUUAACCAAACCCCUAUCCGUGAAGCUAUUCAAACUUCUCACAGAGGACUGGAUACAAUAG